GUCAUGUGACGAGAAGGUGGUUUGAGAAAGGAAAAUAAACAGAUCACAAGGCAGCAACUGGAAAAUGGAUUACAAACCAGAUUGAAAAAUCAGCUCGUAGAUAUGGGAAUAACUUAAAAUCUGAGACAACUUUACACAAGAUGGCAGUAAAACCAACCGUGGAGAGAAGAACAGACUAUCUCCUAGUGGAGACAUGUUCUUUAGAUGAUCUUAAAUCACCAUUACGUGGAUCUGCUAGAUUAAAGUAUACCUGCUUUGAUGUUUCCAGUCGGUAUAUUGCAGUGGGGAGUAAUACAGGAUCAGUGUAUAUCUUUGAUAAAGUCAGUCUGCGACAUCUCCAAGUUGUUUUUAGUGAAGCAGAACCUUCAUCAGUCAACAAUGUGAAGGUUUGUCCCACAAACAAAACAGUAGCCUUUUCCAUGUUAAAUGGCCAUGUUCAAGUCAUGGAGAUGAACAUUGACAAGAGACAGAAGCCAGACAGGCUACGUGCCAUUAACAACCACUUACAGCAGAGUGUGAGUUGUAUUCAGUGGGAUGCUGGGGGACAGAAACUGUACACAGCUGAUAAUGCCGGCAAUGUGGUGGUUUCCCUUAUUCCAACUUCAAAGAUGAAGAACCUGGUCCUGGCUCCUAUUGAGGUCAUCCUGACCUUGUCUGUCCCAGUGAUUCAGCUGGACCUGUACCAAGAUAAACUCCUCGUCUCCACCCGCACAGAAUGCUUCCUCUGUAACACAGCCAAAGCAAAUUAUCUGCAGAUAGGAACAAAGCCAAGAGAUGGGUUAUAUGGAGGAUGUUUUCUUCAUGGUGGCAGCACUACAGCAGUUAUCUACUGUGCCAGACCAGGCUCUAGGUUGUGGGAAGUACACAUAGAGGGUAAUGUUCAGCAUACUCAUCAAUUCAAACAGCUAUUGGCAGUUCCUCCUACACAUAUCCUGUCACUCAGUGGAGAUGCCAUCCUAAGAACAGAAAACAAAGAGUUUCCUCCCUUGGGGACAAAUUUUCCAGUUUUGAAAUCAUAUGGAGAAAAAUUCAUUUUAACAUGGAACAAAAGAAAGCUAUUCAUACUUGAUCCUUUGCAAGAAAAUCCAAAAGUGAUUCUCUGGACUGAAUUUCAGACAGAAAUAUAUGAAGCAUGUGUACAGGGAUCAGAGUUGUAUAUAUUUUUUGUGUCUGGAGAAAUGCGCAAAGUGACCUUGAUGACAGUCUCUCGGACAGUAUCCCUGUUGGUCAGUCGUAAACUGUGGCAACUAGCUGCUCAGGUGUGUGGGACCUACAGCCAGUCCAUCCUAGCCAAUCAAAACCACAAAGAGCUGUCCAGAAAUACACUCAAAAACCUCAUACAGAGCAUCCAAAAUGGCUGCCUGACGGAAUAUGAGGAAAGAGUUGUUGACCUUUUGGAAAAAUUUUCCACAGAAAUAGCUUCCAGUUCAGAAACGGAAGGAUCAGAAUACAGUAGGAGUCGGUCCAGUUCUGGAGCUUCAAUUAUACGUCUGGAGUCUGGAAUUUAUCAGAUUAAGAAUUCCAAGAGUUCUGCUUCACUGGAUUCAUGGAACGAAUCUGAGACAUGGGAUGAGCCAGACUCGGGGAUAUCAUCCCCAGCAAAGUUACCAUCUGUUGUUGUGUCUGUUUUAGAUGUGGCUGAUUCUGAUAAAGAUUUUAACUUCAACAAUACAUUUAAAACAGAUCAGGAAGACACUGUUAGAAAUAAUGAAAGCGAUGUACACUUAGAAAACAGUCCAAAUAAUUUUAUAUUACAUGAUGAUAUUGUAGUUAGUGAUCUGUCUGACUUGGAACAUUCCACAUUUAAUGGAGCAAACAUUUCAGUGGUUGUCAAUGGACAGUCAGAUGUAGUCCAUUCCACAAUGAACAAAGAGGACCUUAAUCGUCUGAUCCAUUCUGAUGAUAUUUUUGCUGAUGAUGAAAUUCUAGUGCCACGAGGACCCAGUAAACUUCCUAAAAGGAAAUCAGAACCAAAUAGUCUUUCAAGUGUAGAUUGUUCUCAUGAAAAAUCAGUGCCAAAAGUGGACUUUGUUGUAAAUGAUGACGUGCCAAAUAGAUUGCUGAAGGAAGGGGUUUUUGAUGUAGUUCCUCUACAAGACCAAGAUAUUACCCCACUCAUUGUGACAAGGUCUGAACCUAAGGGUCAGAAGAGGACCAGUACUCGUAGGAAAGCUGUUACUGUAGAUAUUGACGAAGGAAAGAAAAAGUCAGGAAAACAACACAGAAGGCACUCAAGGAAUAAAGGGAAAGAAGCAGACUCAGAAGUCAGAAGCCGAGGGCCUUCAGAUACUUCAUCCAACUUGAUCUCAAAUUCAGCGCCUCAUGAACAAUUAGAUAACAUUGCUGUUAUCCAAUCAAAACCUUCCACUCUUCAAAGAACCGAGAGCUGUCCUGCAAUACCAGAGAAAAGUGGAUUGAUCCGGUCUUCUUCUGCUACAGAUUUACAUUCACCUUCCCAGUCUCCACUCACUCAGUCAUGGGAAGAGCCCCAGGAGAGUAACAAAAGGACCUUGACCUCAGUGAAGGACAGCUUACAGUCUAAGUUUGCAAACACAAAAAUGAAAAUUCUGAAAACAAUUAAGGAGAAGAAAAUGAUGACAUCAUCACCAAAGGAUACUAAAGAACCAAAUCUACCCCAGGAAACACUAAACAUUCCUGAAGAACAAGAAUUGAAGGAAGACAUUCCAAUGAUAGAACCAGAAAAAGAAUCCUCUGUUGUAGAUCUCACAGAAUUUAUCCAGAAAACUGUUCAAACUAGGUCAAAGAUGCAGGAUUUCAAUGUUUUGCUCAAUCCAGGUGCAUUAUGGGAGACACUGUCUGAUUGGAUGAUACAACUGAAUAUUAUUAUGAAGAAAUUAAAUACCCAUAAGUGUUUAAAACUACUACAAUCUACACAUUCUAAAAGGUGCAAAAGUCAAUGGCUUGCUUCAAAUAAAGAGAUAACUGAAACUAGUGUGGUUGAUCAAGACUGUGGCAUUAAUGAUAGUGAAAAUUCACAAAUGGCUGAAAAUGGACAAACUUUGGUUAGAAACAGUAGUGAUGUGAACACUGAAAGUGAUCUUCAUUUAAAUCCCAGCUUGAUUAUGAAUGGUUAUGAAAAAAUCAAAUUCAAUGAAUUAUGUCACAUAGAGGACCCAUUUCCUUUUUCAGAAGACAUGCUUGUCACUGUAAAACAUUUGGCUGGAAAGUGUUUCAACUCCAAAUGUAUUCACAAUGUUAUUGAUUCUGUUCAACCUGACCUUGGUGCUUUGUCAUUCUGUGAUAUUUGUUCAGACUGCUAUCAAUAUAAUGAAACCAAACUCUCAGAUACAACUUCUGUUCCCUUGUCUUCUAGUUUAAGUCAAGAAAACAAGGGAACAUAUUUUGAUAACCAGUUCAGUGAAACAGAGGGCAUUACAUUUACUGUACCUGUUUCUAAAGAGACAGGGGCAAGGAACCUAGAACACAGCCAUCACAUACCCUGUGAAAAUGUGAUGAUCAAUAUGUUAAACACAGAAAAUGCCAAUACAAGGAGAAGUAGUACACCAGUGGAAUUUUGUGAAUCACUUGAAAGAAGGGAUUUGAUUCGUGAAGAUAAUGAAGUGUACACAGUGAUUAGAGAGAGUGACAGUGAUUUGUCAGUGUUUGUCAGGUGCUAUUUCUUUUUAUUGGAUAAAAAUGAUCUCAUACAGCAAGUGUAUUCAAGGGAGAGCACUCUGUCAGAGGAUGAGAAGUUUGAAAUAUGGAAAGCAUGGAUGCAGAGUCUGCAAGUUAAAUAUAGAGAAGAUUCAUUGCUUUUGUUGGACAAGAAGAGCAAAGAGGAAGCCAUCAGUGUUUUAGGGCUGACAAAACAUGACCAUCAAAAGAAUUUGUUUUAUGCUUACAAAUUGUUUAAGCAUUUUCCAUCUGAAACUGUCACAUGUUGUAUGACAUGUGACAAUAUCCAUCCAAUGGAUAUAGUCUAUCUAUGUCAACUUUAUCACCAGAAAGAGGCUGGCUAUUUGGACCAAUUCAUGUGUGGCAGAUACGAAGACCUUCAGUCAUCAAGAAGGUUAAGUAACUUAAAUGCAGAGAAAAGAGUGAUUUACACAUGGCUACAAACUUUAUUGGAAAAGACAAAACAUUGUAAACAACUAAAAGAUGAGUAUGGUAACCCUUGGUUGUUUAAUCACACCAUAGCAUGGGAGGAUGAAGCUAAGAUAGACUUCCUUCUUCAGACUGCUACAGCAGAUCAAGGAGAGGAAUGCUUAGAAAUCUGUAGAAAAGCAGGUUACUGGAGAGGGUGUCUGUUGUUACUGAAAAGGCAGCAUAAGUGGAAUGAAAUGGUGACCAUAGUCUUUUGUUUGGGAGAUCUCCAGUUAAUUCAUGAGCUGGAAUUGCUUCCAGAAACAGUAGAAGAAUGGAAAUCCUUUACAGAAUUAUUUCAGAUUUAUUAUGACAUGCAUAACAAACUUCAUCAUCCUGCUGGAGAUAGAAAACAAGAUAAGGACUUGGUCUCAUCAGAGAGGAGCUUGCCAGAACAGACAGAAUGUGACUCAAAUCUGCAAAUGCACACAGAGAACAGUAAAAGUCUGGUAAACAAAACUUCAGUCAGUGAGAGCACGCAUGAACAAACUUCUAAUGUUAGUGUGGAUAGUAAAGAAACCAGUCAAAGAAGUAAGUCCUUUGGUGAAGAAAUGGUGAUAAAUUGUAGUGACCGGUGUAUCUCAUGGAGUGAUGUAGCCUUUCUGAUGCUGCAGUAUAUAGAUGUGUCAGUUUGUGUGGGUAUUUUGUCAGGGAUAGAUAUCCCAGAGGGUCGUGUGAACCAGUCUCUUUACCAGUCCAGUAUUACUACAGCAUUAAAACACAGACAACAAAGAAAUAUGUUGCACAACCUUCUAGAGAAGAUAGACUCUUAUCUUUGGGCCAGGAAACCAAAUACACUUAUGCCUGAGUUGCAGUUUGCUAUUUCUGUGGAAAGAAAAUCAAAGGGAUUAAAGAAAGGAAGAUCUACAGAUCAUCUGAUGGCACUGCUGUCUGAGAAACCACCCACUGGGAGAAGAUAUCGGGAGGACUCCGAAUGUCACUGGGGGAUAUCCACUAAUGUCCUCAGGUGUUGUAGGAUCUGUAAUGUUGCAUUGACUGAGAGUAUCUCCCACGUAGAGCCGGGAGUUCUGAUGUUUGUUUGUGGUCAUGGAUUUCACAAGCUCUGUUGUCAAGGAAGAGUGUGCCAGCUGUGUUCAUAAAGUCCAUGUACAAACAGUAAUAACUGUUUAAUUCUGAUUGUACAUGUAUAUUUACAGUUUUUAAACAAAAAAGGCAUUCCAAAAGCUUGGAAUUUUCAGUUGUGCAAUUUCCGUUUUUAAAUUUCAUUCAUCUUUGGAAUACAUGUAUAUGAAUUGUACAUGUUGUACCAAGCAUUUUCUUUUGUUGAAAUACUGUCAAGAAAACUCAGAUACACAUUUGAAAUGUUCCUGUUCCACUGUUUGUUUUCUAUUUCCUAUUUCAGACGGUUUUUUGUUCACUGAUGAUGUCUAAUUAGCCUUUUUUUUAUGUGCAAUAUUGUAACAGAGUCAAAAAGAUUUUCUUUCUUUAACCUUUUUCAGACUGUUCCUUGUUCGUUGAUGAUGUCUAAUUUGCUUUUUAGUGCAAUACAUGUGUAUCAUAACAGAAUCAAAAAGUUUUUCUUUCACCUACUGUAUAUCUCCAAAAAUUCAUGACACUUUAUUUUUGUGAAAAAGACAUAAUUAUGACAUUUAUUAGCCAGAUAAAAUUUUCACAAAUUCUUAUUGUUUAUUAUAAUCCUUAAUAAUAAGAAUAUACACGAGUAUGAAAUUUUUGUGAGGAGACGGCCUAGCGUAAUUAAAUGAAAAUAAAGUUCUCUUGAAUAAAAAAAGUGAUUUACAGUAUGUAUAACAGACUGAUUAUUGUUACUUGAUGAUGUCUAAUUCGCUUUUAAGUGCAAUAUUGAAACAGAGUCAAAAAGGUUUUUUUAACCAUUUCAGACUGUUCCUUGUUUGCUGGUGUUGUCUUAUUUGCUUCUUAAGUACAAUAUUGUAACAGAGUUGAAAAGGUUUUCUUUCACAAAAGCAUGUUUGCUUCGUGCUCAUAAUUUGAAAAAAUGUAAAUUAUUUAACAUUCACCUAAAUAUUUUUAUGCUGUGGGGAUUUAAGGUUGUUAUUUAGAAUGCAGAAAUGUAUUUAUUGUCAUUGUAGAAUGAAGACAAUUGUCAUGAAUUAAUUACAGUCAUGGUUAUCUUUUAUCCACUGGGUAUCACUAAUUAGAUAUUUUUAUGCCCCGCCAUGAAUAUUUGUGGGGCAUAUAGUGUUUGUGAUGUCCUUCCGUCACACUUUGCAUUUAGCUCUGUUCAAAGCUCAGUUUCAAAGAAACUAUCCAAGAUAUUUUUAUCAAACUUCAUAUGCUGAUAGAUAUUGAUGAGAGCUAUGCAACUGCAUCGACAUUUUUUGACCUUGAUACAUUACACGUAUACUGUAAACAUACAUAAAUUAGCGUAUUCAAAAUUUAGGGCAACCAUCUUCUUCAACUAAUUAAGUGCAUAAGAAUUUUAACAACAAGUAUUAGUUUAAUCAUAUUAAGAGCAUCUACAUAAAUAAGUAGACAAGAAAGGCACUAAAAUAUGAAUACCACUAACGUAUGUAUGUUACAGUGUGUGUUUUAUAUUUAUACAUAUAGUUCAAAUAAUUUCAAUUGAACCAAAUUUGAUUUGUUUAUAUCAUAGGGCAUUGAAUUUAUACCAAUUACAAUGGUUGCCAAAAAUUAGUUUUGAGAAUACAUGUACUGGUAGCUUGUUGUUGACAGAAUUUUUUGUCUUGUACAAAAUUAUAGUAAAUUUGUAAAUAAUUUUAUGCAUUGAGGUAUGCAUUAUAUAUCGACCAAUACAUGGAAAUUUGAUUUAUAUUUAUUUCCAUUUUGUCUUCCCUCUAGUCUUAAUGAAACAUAUCAGAAAUUUUAACAAUCGUUUAUAAUGAACAAUAGGCUUUGUAUAAUACUCAUUUAUGUCUUCUGCUAAUGUAA